AUGUCUGAAAAUAAUGAAGUUGAUGAGAAGAGGGCUAAACAAUUAGAAGAAGCAAGAAAAAGGGUCCAAGAAUUGAAAAAGAAGAAGAAGAGUAAAAAUAAAAAAAAUAAGAACAAGAAUAAUAAAGAUACUGAAACUGAAACUGAUAAUAAGAAAUAUGAGGAGGAAAUUCAAAAUGAAAAUGACCCCGUCGCUAAUACUGCUAACAAUAAUACGGAGCUAAAUAAUGGUAUUAAUAAAGAAGAAAAUACUAAAGAAGAAGAAGAAGCAACAGCAACAACAACAACUAAAGAAGAUGGUAUCGAGGAAAUUUCAAAUGACUCUGAAGUAAAUAUUGUUGGAAAUGAAAGUAAAGAGAUAGAAAGCAAUGAAGAAACACGACUAGAACUACACAACAAAGCGUUUGAACAAAGUGAAGAAUCUAAUAAAGUCGAUGAAUUAUUUGGUGAUGUGUCCAACGAUAAUAACGAGUCUGACAAUUUUUUAACUACUAUUGAAAAAGAAAAACAGGAAAUUGAAAUUGUUAAAUUAAAAGAACAAAUAGAAAAAUUGUUGGAAGAAAAAAAACAGUUGAAGUUCACCAAUAUGGAGCAAGAAACGUCUAUCGAAGAAUUACAAGAAGAAGUAAGUGAAUUGAAAAUGAAACUAAAAGAAUCAGAGGAUCAAAUAAAUGUAAUGACUGUUAAACUAAAUGACACUGAAAAUAAGUUAAAGGAAAUAGAGUCUUCUAGAGAAUUAUUUAAUGAUUAUAACUAUAAUCACACCAAUACAUCAAAUACUGGUCUAAAAUUUGCUAGUUUCCAAUCAUCUUCUGGUGGAAACACACCUGUUCAAUCUACAUAUUCGAAUACCACCGUCAGUCCACAAAAUGUGUCUGAACAUAUAAAUAAUAAAUCUCCACAAGUAGUUGUAGAUCGUGUUUUAUUAGAUAAAUGGAAGAAUUGGAAUAUUGACAUGACCACAUGGAGGAGUAUUGGAUCAGGACCUGUUGUUGAAUUGUAG